AUGUCUGAGGCUUUAUCUGCCGGUACAGUCAUCGAAUUGACCGAUGGGCGGCAGGCGACUGUGCGCUUCGUUGGCAGCACCCACUUUGCGACCGGAGAAUGGAUAGGCCUCGAAUUGAAUGAAGCCACGGGAAAGAAUGAUGGAUCUGUACAGGGCGAGAGAUACUUCGAUUGCGAGCCAGGCUAUGGAAUGUUCGUUCGGCCAACAGUGGUUGGUAAAGUCGUCCCAAACCCUCCGCGGGAGAGUAAACAAACCGCCAAACCCGCCACCACCGCUGCAGCUAGCAAGACCCAACCUUUAAAUGGCCUCGCUGCUGGCUUGAAAAAGCAAGCUGGAGCUCCGCCUGCCAGUGUCAGACGACAGAGUGUUAAUACAGCCUCUACGCCUACCCCAGCGCCGAGAGGGGCAGCCAUUCGAUCAUCUCUUCGGUCGCCUACAAAGUCCCCAACGAAACAGCUCGGCACUACCGCAGGCCAUGCCACUCGUACGUCGAUCGGGGCUGCCUCCCGUCCCUCCGCAGUGGCACCCACUCGACCCCGGUUAGCCCCAGGCACCAGAAGCUCGCUGGCAUCGACUGCUACUCAGCCGGCGACUACCAGAGCUUCCCGACCUUCGAUAUCUGGCCCAGCAUCUCGAACUUCACGACCAGGUUCCCAAAGCACAGUGGCUUCAUCCACCGGUGGCUUGUCAAAUCGCCCUUCAUUAAGACAGAUUGGAACCGCCAAAGCAUCGGAUGGAGGAGAUACAGGGAUGAGCGGACAAUCUGGGGAUCCCACCGAUAACGAAUCGCCAGAUACCGAGGGGGAGGGUGCACAAGAUGCCGCCCCCGCGCAACGGGGGCCUCGACAGUCGAUGACCGCAGCACGCCCCGCCGCAUCACGACCCGGAGCUCCUGCUCCUGCUUCGACGCGACAAGCCCAAGCGGGUGCUGUAAACCGCGAGCUGGAAGAGCUAAACGCCAAGCUCAAGGUCAUGGAAAAGAAACGAUCCGACGACCGAGAAAAGCUCAAAAAUCUGGAACAGCUCCAGUCUGAACGUGACAAAUUUGAAGCCAUUAUCCAGAAACUUCAGGCCAAAUACCAACCGCAGCAGACGGAGAUUACCGACCUUCGCAAGAAGCUGAAGGAUAACGAGGCCCGUUAUGACGAGCUAGAACGGUUACAGGCAGAGCAUGAAUCUCUGAUGGAGAUGGCUGGCUUGGACCGUGAGAUGGCCGAAGAAACAGCCGAGGCAUUCAAGCAUGAGUGUGCAGCGCUACGUUCCAAACUGGACGAGUUAAACCUGGAAGUGGAGGUUCUCCGAGAAGAAAAUGAGGAAUUCAGCCAGGUCACCAGUCCCGAGGAAAGGUCUAGCCAUGGAUGGCUUCAGAUGGAGAAGACCAACGAGCGUUUGCGUGAAGCGCUCAUCCGCCUGCGUGACAUGACACAGCAACAGGAAUCGGACCUUAAAGCCCAAAUCAAAGAGAUGGAGGAAGACCUCGAAGAGUAUUCUGCUGUCAAAUCUGAUUACGAGGCCACUAAAGAGAAGCUACUGGUUGCGGAAACAAAUGUGGAUGAUCUCAAGCAGCAGCUCGAGACCGCACUAGGCGCCGAGGAAAUGAUCGAAGAAUUGGCAGACAAGAACAUGCGCUACCAAGACGACAUCAAUGAGCUGAAAGCUGCUAUCGAAGAUUUGGAGUCCUUGAGAGAGAUCAGCGAUGAAAUGGAGUACACGCACAUCGAGACCGAAAAACAGCUUCAGGAGGAGAUUGACUACCGGGAAGGUGUCUUCAGCGAUCAGUGCCGAAAAAUUACACAACAAGACGAGGUCAUUGUAGACCUUGAAUACACACUGAAUCGCUUCCGAGAGCUAGUUUCCAACCUCCAGACAGACCUGGAAGAGAUGCGGGCCACGAAACAACUUUCAGAGGCGGAGACCAUCGAGAAUGAAGCACGUCAGCGCACGAUGCAGGACCUGGCCACCAAACUACAGGCCAACACAACCAAGUCUCAAGCCAAUUAUGUUGAUGUGGAAUUGAAUCGCAUGGAAGCCGAUGAAACCGCUCAGCAGCUUUCCAUGGUCAAGCUCUAUCUCCCUGAGUACUUUGAGGGUGAGAACAACUCUGUCCAAGCUUUGUUACGAUUCAAGCGAGUUGGAUUCAAGGCCAAUAUCAUGCAUACUACCCUUCAGGACAAGGGAGCCGAACACUCGACUGUGGCGCAUGAGGAGGUGUUCCAAGCUCAAGAGGUCCUUGGGUGUUUGCUGUGGAUCUCAAAUGUGUGCGAUCAGUUUGUGAACUACAUCACAGGUUGCUCACCUGAGCAAUUUGUCAACAUCAAGGUUGCCAUGUUUGAAAUGGAGCCCGUGGAGCGUACAUUGAACUUUUGGAUCGAGACUGUGAAGAAGAACGAAGUAAACCUCGCAAAAUUCGCAGUUGAGUUGCAGCGCUCCAUCGCACUGCUUGCACACUUGGCAGAGACCCUUCUUCCUGCCAGCACGGAAAAGUUUGCCGAUGAAUUAUGCCUUCGUGCCAGAUUAUCUCAGUCGUACCUCGAUCAUGCAGCCACGGCAAUCACGCGUGUGAAUGCUAUCAUCAACUCCAAAAUGGUUGCAGCAGAAGAGGGCGACGAGGAAAAAUUGGUUGUUCUGGAGAAGCUAAGCGCCUUUGACCCUCAAGCGCGUGGAUACAAAGUAUCCAUGGGCAAGAUCAGUCGGGCGCUGGAUGAUCUGCGGUCAAGAUCACUUGCACUUUCAAGCGAAUCUGAUGAGCCUUUCAAAAAGGUCGAGCAGGACACCCGAUCCCUUUUGGAAUUUGCUCGCAAGGUCGGCGAGAGCCUGGUCACUCUUACAAGUGACGAAGGUCGCAUAGAGCCAUACAGUCCGCAAGAGAUUUUAGACAGCAUGUCACAGGCAGCUGUGUCAUUCACCUCUCCUGAAAAACCAGACGAUAGCAAUGACCCCGUUUCAUUGCUCUUCACGAAAUUGCGGGAAAUUGGUGAGCAGUUUGAGGAACUUGCCUCCAUUUCGUCAGAUCUAUCUCGUACCACCGAAUUCGAGAAAGGCGCGUUCCCUUGGAUUGCACGCGCCGCGGAAUUGAAGUCCAACAAGAUGAGCUCUCCGGAUGCCGAUGAAGAAAUUCGACAACUGAAGAAUGAAAUUCACGAAGCAUCAGCCGCACUCGGUGUGAAAGACAACACACUUGAAGAGCAGGGUCUCAAGAUCGAACAUCUUGAAGCCCGAAUGAAAGAGGCGAGCAAAAAGGCUGCCAUGGUCAAGGAUCUCGAGUCCAAGAUCGAAGAGAUUCAACUUGCGACAAGUGAGUUGGAAACAACGCUCGACCAACAUAGGAAAGAUCUCACCGCUGCCGAAACUGAGCGAGACGAGGUCAUGUCUCGCCUUGAACGAAUGAAGCGGAUGUCAGGAACAACCGGCCUGGGUAACUCGGGCAAUGGCGUUGUUAUCGAUAGCGAGGCAUCGUUGGCUGCCAUGCAAGAAAAUGAAAGCCUCCGUGCCGAAGUUGCAAGCCUACAGGCCGCUGUGCGUUUCCUCCGCGAAGAGAAUCGUCGCUCGAACAUCCUCGAUCCCUACUCCGUCCAGCGAUCUACGGAAAUGCACGCCUGGCUCGAUGCACCGCUCACACGCGCCAAGCCAACCGCCGAACAAGAGAAGGUUCAACGCACUGCUCUUGAAAGCCGAGACGUGAUGACACAUCUCCUCAAAGUGACCAAAGAAUCUCACGUCACCGAUCUCAAAUCCACAAUGGUUGCCCCAGUCAGCGGUGAUGGUGACAAUGUCAACCGCACUACCUGGCGCCCAUCAAAAACCCGUCUCCGCUACCAGGUCCUUCAGCAGCGCGAGAACUUUGAGCAUUGGGCCGAGUGGCGCGAUGAAAUUGUUCACCAUGAACGCGAACAAGACCGCCUGGUCGCUGCCAAGCAGGAGCGUGCAAUGCGUGAUCGUGUUUCUAGGCAUGCCCAUAAGGGCUCCGUGGAGUUUCCCCAGGGCUUGGGCCAUGGCAUGAUGGGUCGUGCCUGGCAAAUCUUGGGUAUGCAGAAGCAUCGUAAGACCGGCUCGAUAAGCACACCUGCGCCGGAUGGCGUGGAAAUUGUGUCCACCGACUAA